AUGCCUUCACGUAGAGUCUUGCCGACGCUCUCCAUAUUUUCAAAGAAGUCCACGACUCCGACAAUAAUCCCUACUUCCUCACCAUCAUCUGAUAUCCGAACUACUUCUAUUCCCUUGACACCACCUGCUCGCCUACAUCUUCGACACAUCUUGCCCUCAACACCAGAUGGCAUGCCUACACCACCUCCACCUCCUCGGAAGCCAUUCCCCUGGUUAUGGCAGUGUCACUCAUGUGACACUGUCUACCGGAUCGGCUGCACUCGCCGCUGUCUCGUCUGUUCUCACGACUAUUGCCUCUCAGCAACUCCCCAGAGGACACGCAGGGGCAAGAAACGUCGUCGUAGUGGGAUGUGUGUUUCUGAGUUCGAUUACAAUGGGUGGGCAGAAUGGGGGGCGUGGCGUCGGAAAGUCCUCGGCAUGGAGACCGUCGGCCGGUCAGAAAAGCGCCGCGAGCAGGCCUUCCUCCAUGAGUCACACAAUUGCAUGAUUGAUUGUAACUACCCUUCUGAAUGCCACCAUGUUAGGUAUAAGCUACGAGCAGAGAGGUUCAGGAAGACGUUUCUCGAGGCACUUCCAGAGGAGCCGCAAUCUCCACCAAUUGUUGCAAGUGUGCCAAUGAGCCCCGACGACGACUUACCUCUGAACGAGGCGAGAGCGGUGUUGGAAGAAGAGGACAUGGGAAAUGGGCUGAGAAGCCCUACAAGUCCUAGGAGCCCGCUCGGUGAAAUGAGUCUCCCCGAGGAUGAAUAUGAACGACAAGAGGAUAAAGUAUGGUGGGCUGACACUCAGGAACAUGAGAUUCAGAAGUUUACUGAUGGGUCAGCGGGACCAGGCGAGGCUGGUUCCUCCACUGCCGAUACUGAAGACUUCAGUUCUGAAAAUUUAUACGCUGCCCUAGCAGAAGAUGAAAACAUGAUGCCUCUUGACCUGGUUGACUACAUCGUAAGCACGCGACGCGAAUCAAACCAAUCCAGUCGAGAACAUCCUAAGCAUAGCAGUGAAUUAACUGUUCGGAAUUUUACCGAGGCAGAUAGGUGCGAAGACUGGGAAGAGUCAACGGAUAGUGAUUCUGAGAGUGGUUCUGUGUUAUCGUUACCUUCUUCGUCGUCGUCACUUGAUGGAGAAUGGCUACUGGCUAGUGAGUUUGUGCCCGCUGGCAAUGAACAGGGCGAGAAUAAGUCUUGA